AUGAUGCGACUAUCUCUGGGUUGGGUAGUUUUUUGUAUAUUAUGUGCAGCGAUCCGGAAUGUGGAGAGGUAAAUGCGUGAACCACAAACAUCGCAUCGUGCCGCCGGUGCUGGUCGCGGCCGACCAAUUUUUCAUAAAAAGACCAAACUUGCCACAGGUAGGUAUAUUUAUUUGAUUAGCAGCUUUUAUCCGAACAUUUUUCCGAGCUUCAUCAUAAUUUAACAAUCAUAAUACCGUGUAAUAACUAACUUUUAAAUGUACAUGUACUGUGUUUAUGUGCAGGAAUGUUACACGCCGGUAUGUAAACGCACUGCUCACGUCGAUAAACCUUCCAGCCGUGGGACAAAACACUCUGAAGGCCAGAGAAAGAGACGUUGGCGCAGCGAUUGAGACUGUUGCAAGGAAUUCAUGUUUAGAAGGAUUACAGUUGGAGAAAGAUUGUCGGAGGACCGUGGACACAGAGCAAGUUGUAAAAAUCGGGGUAUCGUACGACAUGAGUACGCAGAAGAAGGGAAAGGGCCACAAUACUUUGACAGGUUAGUCCUAUAAUAUACAUAAAGCUAAGAAAUAAUGGAGGCAUUUUUGCUUUGCUUGCAUGGCAUCCAUAUGUUUAUGUCUGUUUAUCCAUUUUAAAAUACAAUAUUUAACAAAUUCACAACGAUUUUUUCUUUUGCUAUAAUAACAAUAAUAACAAGAUAAUGAAAUAGCAGCUGUAGAAGUUAAAAUUAAUUAUUAUUUUUACCCUAGACGAUAAAAUUUCCAUCCAACAGCAGUCAGGCAAUUUAACAUUUGAUUUCCUUUAACAAUAAUAUUAUUAUUAAAACCGAAUAUUGGAAGCAGGGUGCUUGUUCAAAUCAUCCUCAAAGACAGUGAAUGAGCUAAAUAAAAUACUAGCAUUAUUAAUCGACAACAAUGAGUCAUUCAUUUAAUUUAUAGAGGUAUUGACUUUUUGACUAAAGUAAAUAAAACGAGACUAUUUUUUUUCCUAGGAGAAGGGUCUAUGAUUGGGCUAUCUUCAGGCAAGGUGGUGGGCUAGCUACAGCGCAAGGACGAAGAGACGUGCAGUAUGUGAGGCAGCUAAGAGAAAUGGCAAGGAACCGAGGUCACAUGACUGUCGGAUGAACUGGACAGCUUCCACCAAGGUCCUCACAGAGAAAUUUAGCGGCAGGGCAAGAAUCACAAUUAACCAGAGAAUUCUUGAGAGCAUUUCCAGUUGCUUUGCAGACAAGUAAAAUGUAAAUCCCUAAUAUGGCAAUGUAAACAAGAAAACGAUAAGUUAUGAUAUUUAUCUGUGCUUUUGCUGAAUUAAUUAUACAGUGUGUGAUGAGAAACUUAGCUAAACUUACCUGUAUAAACAUGUAUAUUCUUAGUUGACACAGACAAAAGGUAUCCGGAAGUCACCCGAAUUCGGCAUGCAGUAUCUCCUGGUCUCUUGUACGGGUCACCAAAAUUCCGAAAAUAAGCCCCGGGGCUUGUAUUUUUCAAAGGCCCUUUUUGAGGGGCUUAUUUUAGGAGGGGCCUAUAUUCGGAGGGGCUUAUGUACGGAGGGAAAUUUGCGUUUCAAAAUCGAUUGGGCUAGCUUGUGGUGGGAAGGAAAUUUAACAUUUUUGCUUUGUUUUGCUUUGUAUUCGAG